GAUCGGGCGGUCGGUGAGGGCGUGGUCACGUGUUUACCUGGCCGGACCGAGACGGCCGGUGCGCAUACGCUUUUUUUUAAAUUUUUUUUUUUAUAAACGCUAGUGGCUGGCAGGAUGCGCAUACACAACGCCUCGUGCGGACGUGAAGUUCCCACCCGCAGUGUCUACAGCCAGUGGGCGGGGCUAAGCCUGGCCCUGCUGUCCGCCGUCCUGAUCGGCGGGAGCGUCGUCCUCAAGAAGAAAGCACUUUUACGAUUGGCCAGCAGGGGGCAAACACGUGCAGGCGACGGAGGUCAUGGCUACCUGAAGGACGGCUUGUGGUGGAGCGGCUUGUUAACGAUGGGCGCCGGAGAGGCAUGCAACUUUGCGGCCUACGUCUUCGCCUCGGCUACUCUGGUGACGCCGCUGGGCGCUCUCAGCGUGCUUUGCAGGUAUGGCAACAUACGCACGCGUGGGUUCACAAGCACUGAAUUACGCUUGCGCACGCAAAGCGCACUUUUGUCAUCCUGCCUGCUGGGGGAGGUGUUGAACGUCUUGUGCAAGAUGGGCUGCACGCUGUGCGUGUUGGGAAGCGUCCUGCUGGUAAUUCACGCCCCUCAGGAACAGGAAGUGACGUCACUCUGGGAAAUGAGCCACAUGCUAAUUCAGCCCGGUUUCGUGGCGUACAUGUCGUGCGUAUCAGGGGCGUGCGCAUUCCUGAUGUGGGUGUCGUGUCGGCGCCCGGCUGUGUUGCGCGCUAACAUGCUGCCGGACGUAGCCGUCUGCUCCCUUCUGGGUGCCUUCACCGUGUCCAGCGUCAAAGGGCUUGCCGGCGCCAUCCGAAGCGCGCUCCAUGACGCCGCCGCCGCGCUGUCUGCACCACUCACCUGGGCGCUGCUAGUCACGCUUCUCAUCGCCGUGGCCACGCAGGUAUUGAACCCACCCCUCACACCAACGAGCUCGACCGGCGAAUACGUCCAUUCCCUCGCGCAGGUGCACUUCCUGAACAAAUCCUUGGACACCUUCGGCCCUCUGCUGGUGUAUCCGGUGUAUUAUGUCCUGUUUACGACUGUGGUCCUGGUCACGUCGGCGGUCCUCUUGGGCGAAUGGAGCCGGAUGGCCGCGACAGACACUGUGACGACCGUCGGCGCCUUCAUGGUCAUGGCAGUGGGCGUCGCUAUGCUACAGCUUUUUAAAGACGCGCGGGUGUCCCGCGGCGCCGACGUUAUUGCCGUCGGACAUGCGCUAGAACCCGCAACGUUGCCGACGACUCGGAUGGAGGAGGAGCUUGCGGAGGAGGCGGUGGCUAGAGGAAGCAGGACUAAGAAAGAAGAUAAACGCAGGCUAGUGAACAGCACGGCGACCUACGCGCACCCAGUGGCCGAACAAGGCGUCUUUGUUAUCAGCUGAGCCUUCGCCGACCAAAUUUGGAACUUUUUGGCAAUAACUUUUUCUUUAUAUUUCAACUGUUUUGACAAGACUGGUCGCUAGCCAAUUAUUUAGAUAAACGAGCCCGGAUUGAAGGAACCAUCGAGUCAUGAACUAUUAACUGACAUUGUGCAUUGGACUUCGAUGUUUCUGGCAAAAACAAAAUACAUUCUUCUUAAUUCUUAUCAGAAUUGUGAUUUUAUUCUAUUUUUUCAUUUGAUUCAUAAUAUUUUGUAUGGUAUUUUAGUUGUUUUCAAGAACAUCGUUCAUAAUCUUAUGUUAUUACAAUUGCUGAUUUUUUUUUUUUUUAAUAUAUUGCUUUAUAUUUAUAUUUUUUAUUUAAAAAUGUUAUUGUUGAUCAUUAUUUUACAUUCAUAACAUAACAACCAAGUGUAAAAUAUCUUAAUUGUGGAUCUUUUUUUAUUUAAAAAAUACGAAUAAUUUGAUUAACAUACGUAUAUAUAAAAUCGUCGUCUCGCCCACCCGGGCGGUAUGGUCUCUCCUUUCAAGCUCUGGUCCUAUACCAGAGGCCUGUGAGCUUGAGGGUUCUGCACAGGAUCUUAGCUGUCCCUAGGACUGCGCUCUUCUGAACGGAGACGUCGGACGUUGUUCCUGGUAUCUGUUGGAGCCAUGCACCCAGCUUGGGGGUUACUACCCCUAGUGUCCUGAUCACUACUGGCACCAAUGUUGCCUUCAUUCCUCACAUUUUCUCCAACUGUUCCUUCAACCCUUGAUAUUUCUCCAGUUUUUUGUGUUUUUUCCUGAUGUUGCUAUCGCUCAGGAUUGCUACAUCUAUCACUACUGCUGUCUUCUGAUGUUUAUCCACCAUCACUAUGUCAGGCUGGUUGGCCAUCACCAAUUUGUCUGUCUGGAUCUGGAAGUCCCACAGGAUCUUUGCUCGGUUCUUCUCGACCACCUUUGGAGGUGUUGCCCACUUUGACUCUGGGGUCUCCAGUCCCUACUCGGCACAGAUGUUCCUGUAUACUAUGCCUGCUACCUGGUUAUGUCGUUCCAUGUAUGCCUUGCCUACCAGCAUCUUACACCCUGCUGUGAUGUGCUGGACUGUCUCGGGGCCUCGUUGCAUAGCCUGCACCUGGGGUCCUGUAUGGUGUGAUAGACCCCGGCCUCUAUUGAUCUUGUGUUUAGGGCCUUUUCUUGUGCUGCCAUGAUCAGUGCCUCCGUGCUGUCUUUCAGUCCAGCCUUUUCCAGCCACCUGUAUGUGUUCCCAAGUCAGCUGCCCCCUCACUUUGUUUGCGGUACGUGCCAUGCAGGGGUUUGUCCUUCCAUGAUAGCUCCUCAGGGUCCUCCACCUUACUGAGCUUCUGUUGCCUGAGGAAUUCACCGAGCAGGUCAUCACUGUGGGCCAUUUUCAUGAUGUACUCUUGGAGGGAUGUAGUUUCCUCCCGGAUAGUGGCUCUAGUCCUCGGCCUCCUUCUUUCCGCUUUGUGUAGAGCCUCAGGAUGCUGGACUUAGGGUGAAACCCUCCGUGCAUUGUAAGGAGCUUCCUUGUCUUGAUGUUGGUAGCCUGCAUCUCUUCCAGUGGCCAGGAUAUGAUGCCAGCAGGCUAUCUGAUUACUGGUAGGGCAUAGCUGUUAAUGGCCUGGAUCUUAUUCUUGCCAUUAAGCUGACUCUUGAGGAUCUGCCUCACCCCCUGUAAGUGGCAGACCUCCUAGUUGCUUCCUCAUGGUUCCCAUUUGCCUGUGGGAUCCCCAGGUAUUUGUAGCUGUCCUGCACAUCUUUUAUGUUGCCUUCAGGUAGUUCAGCCCCUUCAGUUGAGAUCACCUACCCUCUUCUGGAUACCAUUCGCCCACACUUAUCUAGUCUAGUCCAAAUGACAUCCCGAUGUCAUUGCUGUAUAUUCUCAUGAGGUGAA